GAAUCCGGAUUUAAAUUCUCGAACCACGCAGCUUAAGAUAUGUUGCAUUGAUCCGCAGCGUAUUGCCGAGAAUGUACUCCGGAGGAGAGAAAAUUGAAGCUGAAAGAAAUGGCAUUAAUAAGUAAGAGUCAUGUAACGGGGUCGUAAACAGGAUUUGCCUCAUGAUGGAGGAUUAUACACCGAUUGACGAAGACUUCCCGGGCCGGUUGCUGCAUCAGGCCGCACUCUGGGACAAUGCCGAGUUAUUGGAGGAUCUGCUGCGUGGCGAGCACGCGCAGUAUAUCAACAGCAAGGAUUCGUGGGGCAGAACGCCGAUGCACGCGGCCGCGAUUACGGAGAAUUCCCGUUGUCUGGAUGUUUUGCUGACUGCUAGGGCCGAUCCGAACGUCACUUGCGGCCCCCGCGGUCAUCAUCGAACACCUUUGCACGUUUGCGCGGAACACGGACACGCCGGCAAUGUGGAGAAGCUACUGAACUUCGACGCGGAUCUCAUGAUCCGCGACGACGACGGCCUGAAGCCUCUCGAUAUCGCCGAGAAGGGCAACCAUGAUUCCUGCAUUCAUCUCCUGAAAGCGGCGGCCGAGAAGUACGAACUCGCAAAACAGGCGACCCAUGCUUCUUUACGCGCGGCUUGCAUUCAGGGUGACACCGUAGCUGCCCGAAAUAUUAUCCAGGGUCUGUCGACUGAUCUGGAAUGCGUGGUGAACAUGGCACCAAACGGCGCCAACACGCUGCUCUUCGUCGCCUGUGAGAGCGGCCACAAGGACAUCGUCCGGCUGCUGUUGGAUCACGGCGCUGACUGUAGGAUCCAUCCGGUCACAAAGUACUGUCCGCUUUACAUAGCGUGUUAUCAUGGCAAAUUGGAGAUCGUCGAGUUGUUGCUCCGGAAUUUUCCUAAGCAGGUGCAACAGCUCACGGUGGAGCGAUGGUUACCGAUUCACGCGGCAACGAUAAACGGCCAUCACCUGGUGACUGAUGCGCUGCUCAAGUUUGAGUACCCGCAGCAUAUUUACCAACGCUACAGAGAUCCAUCCGGAGAGUUCGAAUACGAUCUACCGUUCGACAUUAAUGCGCAGGACGUCACUGGCCAGCACGCACUUUACAUAGCCAGCAUGCUGGGCAACAUCAAGUGCGUCGAGCUAUUACUGGGUUAUCGAGUGAAAGCGAGAACGACCAAAGAAGAGGAUGGCAUGAGCGGCGCGCAGCAACUCCCGGUAUCAAAGCGCAAGAUCUCCAGCGGUAUUCAGAGGUUGAUGUCGUCGCUGAAUUUCCGCAGCAAGACUCCAACGGAUAAAAAAGAUGAUAAAAUGAUAUAUCCAGUGAAUCUGGAUCUCUAUUGCAACAACGGUAGCGAAACAGCGCUGCACGUAGCUGUCAGAGGCAGACAUACCGAAGUGGUGAACGCUCUUCUUCAGGCGGGCGCUAAUCUCGAGCUGCCUGUCAAAGUUCCGUAUGAUCAGAAUGAUCCUGACGGCUGUUACUCGAGCGUAUUGACGAUCGCGUGUCAGAAUCGUGAUGUGAAAAUUGCGGAUCUGCUACUGAAGCACGGUGCCGUCGACAACGAGUGCAAAGCGCUGAAGAUCGCUGCACAGAAUCGCGACGAGGCGUUGACUGCGAAACUGCUAUCGAUCAAGGCGCAUCCGGAUUCUGAAUACAAGAUCAAUAAAAAGGCGAUGACCGAAUGCACGCAGAGCUCGCACUUCUCCGCUCUGUCGUCAUUCGGCCACGUCACCUAUUCCGCGUUGUUCCCAAAGACGCCUACCAUGAUUAAUUGGCACAAUCAGCAGUGCCACCUCUCACAGAUCCGGCUGCAGUGGUUGAUCGACGCAGUGUUGCACGUCAACAAGAAGCUGAGUCCGAAGAACAACGAUCUGGUGUUGUAUGCCAUCACGCGGAUCGACAUCUCCCACAAUUCCAUUACCUCCGUACCGUCCAUCAUAUUUUAUUUACAGAGCCUGCGGUACCUUAACAUGGCACAAAAUAAGAUUGAUACUCUCACGGCUGACUCGAAGAAUCCGAAAGACAAAUUGUGUCCGGUGCUGGAGGAGAUGUAUCUACAAGACAAUCGAUUGGAGCAGCUACCGGAAUUCAUUAUGAACUUACCGGCGCUUGAAAUCAUGGACGUGUCCAAUAACAAGCUGCAGUGUUUGCCACAGAAUUUGUGGCGCGCACCCAAGCUAAAGGAACUCAACGCUUCGUUCAAUCUGCUGCGCGAUCUACCCAGUCAGGCAUCGCAAAAUGUUCUGAGGAAACCGCAACGAGGAGACGAGGUGCAACAAAAUGGUAUCAAUUUUCGUGGAUUGGCCGCUGUACCGCGAAUAGAAUCCAUGGAGUUUGACUCAUUCACGAAGAUCGCAAACGCGCAGGUGAUCGAAAUGGAACGGCCCCAUGUGUGGACCAGUUCGGUUCAAGUGUCGGAAAGGAUAAGCGAUGAUACGGAGAAUGGUAAUAAGUCGAUGCUAGCGUCAUUGAAUCUGGCGCAUAAUCUUUUCAACAGCAUUCCCGUGGCGUUACCGUGUUUGGCGGUAAGUCUCGUGCGGUUGAACAUGGCGUAUAACUCGUUGCGUUCGAUGAGCCACAUUACCUCAUAUCCGGCGAGUCUGAAACAAUUGGACCUAUCAAACAAUCAGAUCUCACGAUGGCCUAGUCUGCCGCAAGUCGACAGUUCUGACAGCAUGGAACAGGCGAAUACGGCCUGCUACUGUCCAGCCGUCAAUGUGCAGUCGCCGAGUAUCGUACCUGGUAGCCGGCAGACACCCAUGUCGAUGCGUGAUAUCGUAUUACAAUCAGUGUGCGUGCACAGGCGACAUUUACGACUAGAGAAUCUGCGCACGCUGAUCUUGGCGAACAAUCUACUGAAUCGCAUCCAGUUAACGUCGUGCGACGACGGCGAAAUGCCGUAUAUGGAGGAAGAACGUGGAGAUUCGGACAGGGAUCCGAAGGUUGGACAUCCUGGAUCAAAACUAUAUUUGCUCUUUCCUAAUGUCAGUAUGUUAGACAUCAGCAAUAAUCAGUUACGUGAAAUACCGCACAACAUCUAUGAACUAAGCAAUCUUUCGGUGCUAAACAUCAGCGGUAACAACGAAAUCGUCGAGCUACCGCCACAGAUGGGUUUGCUAGGUCGCUUGUGGAACUUGAACACGCAGGGAUGCCGAUUACAGGAGCCGCUCAAGUCGAUGAUCGAAUCAAAGAAGUACAAGACAAUGGAUGUGAUUGGUUACCUAAAGUCAAUUCUAGAGGACGCGAAGGCAUACGCGCGCAUGAAGCUGAUGAUCGUUGGUAUUCAGGGCAUUGGCAAGACGAGUCUGUUGGAGCAGUUACGGCAAGAGGGCGAGGUGCCGAACAAGAAGAAGUCAUCUGAGCACUGGGCCAAACGGAUGGGUAAUAAGAACAUUAAUGCGAAGACCGCCAAAGGUACGACCAUCUCAACCGUGGGCGUGGAUAUCGGCGAUUGGAUUUACGAGAAGAAAGUGCGAGGACAAUCAUCUCACGGAUCCGUCUACUUCAGGACCUGGGAUUUCGGAGGUCAACGCGAGUAUUACGCGACGCAUCAAUAUUUUUUGUCGAAGCGCAGUUUGUAUCUAGUCGUGUGGCGGAUUACAGAUGGUUUUAAAGGCGUCUCCGAGAUCUUUCAGUGGCUAGUGAAUAUUCAAAGUAGAGCGCCUAAUUCACCAGUUAUCAUCGUCGGCACGCAUUACGACGUUUCCUAUGAGCACAGCGAGGGUCUGCAACAAUAUAUUCGUGACAAAUUCAUCAACGUAGUCGACGCCGAGAAGUGCGGUUUGCCCAAAGUUAUGGAGACAAUCGAGGUGAGCUGCAAAACGCGUCACAACAUCAAAAUGCUGUGCAAUCUUAUCUAUGACGUUGUCUUCAGUUUGAAAUCGCCCGGCAGCAAGGAACUGCUAUUGGAACAGAAAGUUCCGGCAAGUUACCUGGCGCUGGAAGACGUAGUGAUUCAACUGGCGCAUGACAGGAAGCUGACCGGCAUGGAUCCGGUGCUAAAAGCCGACCAAUAUUACGCAGCGGUCAAUAACGAACUUCAAAAGUUACACAGAUCUUUCAGAGACCCCGCUGAGUUACACCAGGCGACGUUGUUCCUUCAUGAGAACGGUAUAAUCUUGCAUUAUGAUGAUGCAACGUUAAAAGACCUCUAUUUCUUAGAUCCGCAAUGGCUUUGUGAUAUGUUGGCCCACGUGGUUACCAUAAGGGAAAUCAAUCCGUUCGCUAGAUCAGGUAUAAUGAAACUGGAUGAUAUCCAACACGUAUUCAAGUCCUCCACGAUAUCAUCGAUCGAUACUCAAGGGUAUAUUGUUAGCUUGCUCAACAAGUUCGAGGUUGCUUUGACUUGGGAUUGCCGCACGCUGCUGAUACCAUCCCUCCUGCCGACUGAAGAAGAUAUUUUACGCAACAAUCAGAUCAUCAAAGUACCAGUAAAGACGCGCGGCUGGCAUGUACGUGCGAAAAAGAUCACGUCGCCCACAUUUGCGUGCUUAGGUGCGUCAAGCAGUGACAACAAAAAUAACGCUGAAUGCGUGCUCACAUCGAGAUCACAGCCCGACUGCUCCGUCACCAGAUUAUUGCUCAUGUCGUAUUUCCCCAGUGGCUUUUGGUCUCGAUUGAUCACUCGGAUCCUUGCAGACGAUACCAUCGUCGAUAUCGUUAUGUCGUUUCUGGCACCAUUCAAGGAUUUUGUCGAUGACAAUAUUUUUGCUAGUUUGUUGGAUCUACAGGCUGAGUGGGUGCUCUGGCAAACGGGGAUCGAGCUACGAUACUCGGGCAUUACGUUGUUACGUUUAAAGGAAGUCUGCUAUAAUCUAAAGAAUUCACCGUAUGAUUACAGGCAGUUUAAGUUUAAAUUGAAACAGGACGGUAUUUGGUGUACAGUGGACUUGAAAAAUUCUGCCAUUUUAGAGAUCUGGUUUCCAGUAGAUACCCUAGUGAUCAAGCAGCCCAUUAUGUCUGAUUCCGUGGAUGAAGAACCAAUGGGUUACCAGGCGAUCGUAGUGGAGCCACGACCGGAGAGUAUGCCGCAAUUGAUGGCGUUGAUCGUCGAUCACAUAGAUAUCUUGCUGGAAGAUUGGUAUCCGACUCUAGGCACACGUUUCGUUCACACGUCAGAAGGUAAAUUGCUAGUCACAAGGUUGAUACCAUGUCCGCGCUGUUUACUCGGCAACACCGAGAACGGUGACAGCGAGUCGAGCGACAACGAUGGCCGGCUGAUCGAGGAUAUCCAAAAAUACUGCGCUGUGAAUCGCACAGAGAGGCAGAGUCAAGACAGUUACAAGUCCGAUGGUGACAGCGGCGUCGGCUACGACAGUCUGACGUCCAGCAGGAUGCCAUCACUCGAGGGACAUCCGGAUAUGUCAAAGCAACAGAGCUCCUCGCAUCUUGAGAAUACUCUUGCGUAUUCCUGGAUGGUGGAGGAGUGUAUACUGGCGGCGUAUAGUAACAAACCCAUCAGCUGCCCGAAACAUUCAGAGAUUCCAUUGUCGCACGUUGCACCAGAUAUCAUCUUCAUGGAUCUAGGUGCUAAACAUCUGAUCAAGUCGGAGGACUUAAAACGGGGCAAAUUGCUAGGUCGCGGCGCUUUUGGCUUUGUUUUUCGUGGUAGUUGCCGACUUCCCGGCACGCAUGUCCGCGCCGAUGUGGCCAUCAAGAUGCUACAACCAGUUUCGCCAGGUCCAAACUCCACGCAGUCAGCGAUUCUUGCAUACAAGGCAUCGCAGAGCAAGUGGGAUCGUGAUCCGUUGCAAUAUGCCUGCAAGGCAUAUUGUAUGGCGCGUCAAGAGCUCAAUAUCUUGCUAACCCUCAGACACGCUAAUAUUGUGCCACUGAUCGGUAUAGUCGUCAGUCCUUUGGCUCUUGUACUAGACUUGGCGCCUCAGGGUGCGCUGGAUGCCGUCUUGAAGAACUAUCGUCGUUCGGGCGCUAAGCUGGAUCCCUAUACGCUUCAAGCAAUAAUUCUUCAAGUUGCCAAGGCGGUAGAAUAUCUACAUCAACAGCAUGUCAUCUAUCGCGAUCUCAAAUCGGAAAACGUGCUUGUAUGGCAGAUGCCGUUGCCGUUUCAAGAAAUUCCGGAGCCGGUGCACGUCAAGGUUGCCGAUUAUGGUAUCUCGAGACUAACAUUGCCUACGGGGGCAAAAGGUUUUGGUGGUACAGAGGGCUUCAUGGCGCCUGAGAUUAUCAGGUAUAACGGCGAAGAGGAAUACACGGAAAAGGUAGAUUCGUUCUCGUUCGGUAUGUUCAUCUACGAGCUAGUCACACUACGUCAGCCGUUCGAAGGCCACGAAGCGGUGAAGGAAUGCAUUCUGGAAGGUGGUAGACCGCCGCUCAUGUAUCGUGAGACCUUCCAUCCGUGCUAUGCGCUUGAUUUGAUGGUAAUAUGCUGGGCACAGAACCCGAAGGAUCGACCGACCGCCAGUCAAAUCGUCUCUAUUGCCUCUGCACCUGAAUUUACACAUCUGAUAGACGUCACUCUGUUAACGGAACGUACGCAGGUGACGGCAGUUACUAUGACCAAUCACUGCGGUGAUAGCAGGUCGAACGAUGCAACGGAGAGUCUGAACGGCGAUGAAAUCUGGUUCGGACACAAUAACGGUGAAGUCGAUAUGCUAUUAGGCACUCAGAAAGGCUGGUUGCGCCACGUGCGUAUUGAGACGCCGGUGAUACCGUACGCCAUGUGCGGCGUAGACGGCUAUAUCUGGAUUGGCGACAACGCUGGCCAAGUGCACGUUUAUCUGUGCGGCAACUUCGGUUGCGUGGCUAGUUAUAGUUUAGAAGCGGAUCACUGCAGAGAGUCUAAAGUCGUUGGACUGAUUCAUCUAGAGCAGCUAAAGCAAUUCGCUGUGGCCUUGCACAGCGGCCGGAUCUUUCUGUUGUCCAAUUCGUUUACACAGAUGAAAAAAACGGAAGUCACCGGUGCCAGCAAUAGCACGGAAUCGACACGCUCCAAUGCUGACGUGAAAACCUAUUCACUUGCCGCGGUCUGCCGGAAGAGACGCGUACUGGAUCUCUGGGCCGGUCAGAGCUAUGGCCGAAUAUCCGUUUACACCCUGAAAGAUGGUAACCUGAUUGAUACGGUGCAGCUAUCUCACUGCGCUGCCAACGACACCGCGAUGAAAAAUCUCUUUGCCACGUAUUUAAUGGGUGCGGCAACCGAAAGCUUCAUUUUCUCGUAUACGUAUCCGGGUUGCGUUGUGUACCAGUGGGAUGUGGACAGCCGACAAAUCGUCAAUAAGCUUGACAUGUCUAAGCUGGUACCAUGCUCUGAGAGCCUCAAGUCGAUCGCCAUCGAGGAAAACUUGUCGACGGAAAAGUGUCAAGUGACCGCGCUUGAGGCCAGUGGCGGUCAGCUAUAUAUAGGUACUACCUGGGGCUGCAUUGUCGUUGCUGAGUGCGGUACUCUGCGUCCUGUCACUGUAUUUCGACCAUUCGAAGGCAAGGUUUGCCAGAUCGUGUCCCUCAAAUCCACCGAUAAGAGAAAGGCAGUAUUGGCAACCGUUGGCCAGGGUUAUCGCAGCUUGAUCACGCGGUAUACUGACUUCCCGCUGAAGAGUCUGGAGAACGAAGAACUCAGGCAUGGUAUGUACACUUUACUGUGGCGAUCGGAGAACUGGUCGGCAGCUUGAUUCCUUCGGAGAGUGUAAGAUCAUUUAGCGUGCAUUUGACGAUUUUUUAAAACUUACACGCAAUCCGUCUGACUUUAUCUUAUACAAAGAUACACAAAUGAAUUACAUUUAAUACUAAAUGCGCAGUGAGAAGGUGAACCUAGUUUGGUCGUCUCAAUAAAUGCCGGUAGAAACAAACUUUCGUUGUAACGAAAUUUGGUGCCAAUAUUAUACAAACUGUUAUAAUUCGGUAUGAUGAAAUUUCAUAGAGCGAUGAAGUUCGUUGUGACGGAAUCGCAAGAUUCUCUUCUUCGGCAGCAUAAUACCGGAAGUGCUUAAAUGGUGCAAAGUUCAAUUGAGUGAGGUUUGGGCUCAGUGAAUUUUAUACGUCCAAUAUUAUAGUACCUAGCAUGUAAAGGAUGUAUUGAUCGCACUAGUAAGCGUGCUUGAUGCUCGGAAAAAAACGUUUUUGCAAAUAAUGAAGAGAAUGACACUGUAAAUCUCAACAGUGACUGAGGUUUUCCCGUAAGCACGCUUACUAGCGGACAUUACAUCACACAGGCUGUAAGCUGAUAUUCUUUCGUUCGUCCAAAUCACAGCAUUACCAAGUAUAAGAGAAACAUUCUUAUUUUAUAUAAAACUAAAUCUUAAGCAAAUAGUCUAACGGUAUUUUAACGUACGUUUUCGCUUGCGUAAGUAAUAAUCAGACUCAACGAAAGAGAGUCACGCUAUACAUAUAAGUAUUUAUAUAACUAAUGGAAGAAAAGUAAUAUUUAUGCAAUCUGUUUCGUCACUGCAAGACACAGGAUAAAGGAAAAAAAAAACAUUUUUUGGAUAUCCUCAAUCGAUAUUAACUGAGCUGUUUUAUAGAUAUCAAAGAGCUAUUUUUAGCACUAUCAAUUACCUUUUAUAAUAUCGUUAAUGUUAAGAUUUCGAUAAGUUUUAUCGUUAACUACAUUAAUGUCGUGAUCCUGAGUCGAUAUAGAAACACAAUUUUUAGAUCACAUUCGAGUAUCUUUCUCUGCGAUUCAGUUACAUUACGUCCAAAUAUCUUUCGAAAUAUCUUUCGAGCCGUACUGCAAGAUUUACAAAUGUUAAGUCUAAUUAAAACCGAAGGUUGUGGGACAUGAUAUUAGCGUUAAUUUAUCAUACUAUAAUAAUACUAGGAAAUACAAGACCAUACAUACACGUUAGAAGCAUCUUGCUCAAUAAAAUCAUUGAAUUUUGAUCCCCUAUGAUUUAAUUACACGGGAACAAUCAGUGUAUCCAUUUAAUCCAUGUGAUAUGAAAUACUCAGUGAAAAAGAGGAUAUAAAAUAUAGUCACAAAAGUGUUAUGAUUUUUAAUUACAACACUUUAAUUGUGCUUAUCGACAAAAAGUUCUCCAGGAAUUUGCUAGAAAUUUUAGUUUGCUUGAUAGAUAUCCGUUCCUUCUCAAUAUAUCGUUCUUCGAUUUUUUUUAUUAAUUCAUAGCAAUAAAAUGAAAGUGAAAAAUAACAAUGUAAUACAACUUGCACAUUUAAUUUGCCUGUGACGCAUUUAAAUGACAAGCGAUAUUUAAAGGAUUAAAUGAACAUUAUCUUUAGAAAAAGCAAUGUGGUCGAGAGUAUUUUCAAUAACAUAUGAUGCGUACUAGCUUUUGGCUGUUAUUCUCGAACCUGUGUGUUCGAUGCACUGAUAUAAUAUCUUUAUUUAUAUAUAUAUGGCGCAUUUUAUAUUUAUUUAAUUAUUCGUACCUGCAGCGCGCGUGAAGCGAACCACAAUGAUAUACGCAGCUUAUGUAUUCUUCUUUUUUUAAUAUGACUAUUGUAAAGAACUAGAAAUUAUGUAUCGCCGUAUGCAAUUAUUAAGUAUGCUUUGAAAUAUGGCAAUUAAUAUUGUGUAACAAAGCAUAACUAAUUAUUGAAAAUUCUACACGAUUGAUCUCCGUACGUUAAGUGCAUCAACGUUUUUCAUGUUUAUCCAUCGUGAGGAUUAUACUAUGGUUAUUAUCUUGUACUCAUUGACGUAAGUUAUAACUUUGCAGGAAUUCAUUGUUAUUUAAUGUAUUGAUUGUCACGAAAUAUAAACACUGUUGUUGAA